AUGGCACAAGUACAAGCUGUUCAAACUUAUGGUCGUAAGAGAACUGCAACUGCAGUGGCACAUUGUAAAGCCGGCAAAGGUUUAAUCAAGAUCAAUGGAUCACCAUUACAUUUAGUUGAACCAGAAAUUUUGAGAUUCAAAGUCUAUGAACCAAUUCUAAUCUUAGGUCAAGAUAAAUUUGCUAAAGUUGAUAUUAGAGUACGUGUAAAAGGUGGUGGUCAUACCUCGCAAAUCUAUGCAAUUCGUCAAGCUAUUGCAAAGUCUAUUGUAGCCUAUUAUCAAAAGUAUGUUGACGAGGCUCAAAAAAAAGAGAUUAAAAAUACUUUGAUUCAGUACGACAGAAGCUUGUUGGUAUCUGAUCCUCGUCGUUGUGAACCUAAAAAGUUUGGUGGUGUUGGUGCUCGUGCAAGGUUUGUAUUAUGUUUUUAUGAUGACUUUUAA